AUGCGCGCGCGCGCGCGAGAGAGAGAGAGAGAGAAACAAGAGUUGCAGAUCUCAGUUGGUAUACACACUUCUUACUUUGCGUGUGUGGCCCUCGUACCAAUAACUACUUCUACUACCACUACUACAAUCACAGCCGUCUUAUCAUUCACACAUGAGGUCAGGCUGAUGAUGCACACACGAAUCAGGAUUCCCGAGUCUCAUAUCCAGAAUAGUAGAGAGAGGGUUUCGGCGUUACAGAGCGAGAAGAUUCUGUUUUUCUUUUUGGAACUUGAUAUUUCAUGUCGGGGUUUUGUGUGUGUAUCCUGCAGGGUUCUUUUCGAGAAUCGACAAUUGAAUUCAUCAAUGCACUUUGCAUAUGCGGACUGGUGUACCUACCCGUCUGUGUUUAUGUCUGCCAGGUGCUUGUUGCGUACCAAACACAACUAA